AUGUCUCCCAUCUCGCACGAAAAAGCUUUUUCUAUUGAAGCUCACCUUAGACAAGGUGAAUCCGCGGCCAAAGUGGCAUCGAUUGUCGGUGUUUCAGAUACUACUGUAAAGAGACAUCGACGAAAGUUGGGUAUUCCUGCCUUUGAGGGUAAGGGUAGGCCUCCCCAAAUUGAUCCAAAGCUCGCUCGCCGUAUUAUACGCGCUUUUAAGAGGGAGGAUUUCACAACAACCAAAGAAGCAGAAAACCAGUUGUGUAGUGAGGGAUUCACCGUGAAGGCACCUGCAAUUCGUACCUUGUUAAAAACAUCAGGGUUUACCUGUCAGAGACAACACCCUCCAAAGGUAAAAAAUAGACCCUCGUCCCGCAGGCAGCGCAUGUUAUCUGUGAGAAAUUCUAUCAAUCUCACUGAGGAAGAUCAGGAACCGGCCGCCUCAUCGGAUGAAUCAAAGGUGAAUAACCUUGGAUCCGACAGACAGGAGUGGAAAUGGAUAUUUCAAAGUCGACUUCCAAGAAGAACAAGGGCAGAACUUCUUCAACACGUGGUUAACAUGUUAAGAGAGAUCUUUGUCAUUUACCAGUCGCUUAAUAUUGAAACGAAUGAAGCGCAAUCCAACUGUGUGUUUAUCCCUCCAAAUUAA